AAAAUAUCGUUCAAUUCCAUUAUCCUUUAAAAGAAGCAAAAAUCCUCUGUUUUUCCUCCUUGGUUUACUUUUUUUCUUGCUCUUCACGAACUUUAUUUUAUUUUGUAUUUCAGUGCGCGUACCAACUUUCCCUUCCAUUUAUUAUCCAAUUUCCCCCACUCUCCCCUUAUUUCCUAGCCCAACACGGUCAUAAAAAAACCACGCUUGAAAGACAAUGCCCUCGUUCACCACCUAUCUCGCCGCAACAAUGGCGCUGAUGAGCUCCGUCCAGGCCGGCUUCUACACCACCUACCCGGUAGGCGCCGAUGCCGUCACCCCCGGUCAGACCAUCAACAUCCAGUGGAGAACCGACGAUCAGGAGCCAUCGCUCGCGAACGCCAGCGCGUACACCCUGAAGUUCAUGACCGGCGGAAACAUCAUACAGACCACCGUCAGGACCAUCGGUACCUUCCCUAUCUCGCAGACCAAUGUCCCCUUCACCAUUCCCCAGACCGCGCCCGGCAUGUACUUCCUGAUGUACACUGCUGCUGACGGCUCGGGCUCGUCGUGGUCCACGCGCUUUUCGGUUGCCGGCGGUACCACUGGUGACCUCUUCCAGCGUCGCAGCAGCAGCAUUGCUACCAGCAGCAGUGCCAGCGACACCAGCACUUCCAGCAGCGUUGACGGCGGCGAUGGCGAAAUUGGCGAGGGCGAUGACGGUGAGAUUGGCGGUGCCAUUUCAAUCACCCGGAGCACGUCGUCAAAGUCGGAGUCCUCAUCCCAGACUACCGCCAGCACUUUGUCUACUUCCGAAGUCGUCUCCGAGGACACCAACACCGAUACUGAAGCCGUCGGUACCAGUUCGGCCGUCCAGUCCAACAGCGAUGCCUCGCAGGAGCAGGACUCCAGCAUCAAUACUGACAAUGGUGACGACAGCGACUCUGACAAGGAUGUAGAUACCGACAAGGACGUCGAUGCCGACAAGGACGUCGAUGCCGACAAGGACACUGAUACCAGCGAGGAGAAGGAGGAGGGCACUAUUGGCUCCGACCACGCUGACCACAGCACCAAGGCCCACAAUGCUUCCGAGUCUGACGAUAAGAACGAGGGUAGCUCUAGCUCAAAGUCGAAGUCGAGCUCCAAGUCCAGCUCCGGCUCCGAUUCCAGCUCCAGCGGAGCAUCAUACCGCUACCUCUCAGCUGCUGCUCUUGUUGUUGCCGCUGCGUUCAUGCUCUAGUCAAUGUUUGCUGUUAUUGAGUAACCGCCCUUAUAGUUAGCUUAUGUUUCCCCUAGUUUUAUUUUUUCACAAUUGUUUUAAAUAAUCUCCGCAUCUUUCACAAGUUUGGCGUAUCUUAAGUGUUUCAAUAAAAAAUGUUUAUGCUA